AUGUCUGACCUUUGUCCUGUUUACGCCCCAUUCUUUGGCUCCAUUGGUUGCGCUGCCGCUAUUAUCUUCACCUGUUUCGGUGCCUCCUACGGUACUGCUAAAUCCGGUGUUGGUAUCUGUGCCACCUGUGUUUUGAGACCAGAUCUCUUGAUUAAGAACACCGUUCCAGUCAUUAUGGCCGGUAUCAUUGCCAUUUACGGUUUGGUGGUGUCGGUCUUGAUCUCAUCCUCUCUUAAACAGCAACAGGCUCUCUACACAGGUUUCAUCCAGCUCGGUGCCGGUUUGUCUGUUGGUCUUUCCGGUUUGGCUGCUGGUUUUGCUAUCGGUAUUGUUGGUGAUGCUGGUGUGAGAGGUAACGCUCAACAACCUAGAUUGUUCGUUGGUAUGAUUUUGAUCCUUAUUUUUGCCGAAGUGUUGGGUCUUUACGGUUUGAUUGUUGCUCUUUUGCUCAACUCCAGAGCUACCCAGGACGUUACCUGUUAA